UCUUGUGCCGGAACGUCACGCAGGGCGGUCACAAGAGAACCGAAGAAGAGAAAGUGAGGGUGUGCGUUGGACAUCGCCUGACUACUUUUGGUACUUUUUGCUGCUCCGGAACACGAGCUCAAAACUCAGCAGACCCAGCCACUUGGAUCUCUUUCUUAUCUGGCUGCAGCUCUUGUGAAACAAAGCCGCGAUAACAAAACAAUAAUACAACGCGUUCCACGCAGUCUUCGAGGACAACCAUACACUUCCUCACUCACGCAGCACCGUGGAUUUGGGGAGAAGAAGCUGUAGUGGAGCAUGUCGGAUUCCUCCAAGGCCAGGCCCAUUCCCUCUGGCAGCUUUCGAGAUGCAGAUGCUCAGAGUUUCGCCAGCGCGUCUCCCUCUCGAGCCUCGAGGACGGCGAGGCUGGCAGCGACACCGGUAGUGGGAUCCGUACGCAGUGGGCACUCCAGAUCGACGAGCCGUAGCCAUCAGCAAGAUGUGCAGACCAGCGGUGAGCCUCUCGCCGGAGCAUCUGGCACAUCGGUGCCCGGUCCGGGACCAAGUUCGCUCUCUCAGGCACUGCGUGGGACAAGAGGGCAGUCACCGGGCGGAGCACAGCGGCAUCAAGUGAGAGAAUCUCGAGGGACAAUGAGAUAUGAAAGCCCGAGAGGAGAUGAUGAUAGUGGAACGUACACUCCUGCCAGCGCGGCAGCACAGCUCGGGAGAAGCCCCACACCAAAAGAAGAUAUCGAAGUGCUGAAAAGACACUUGGUCGGGCCGCAGUCCUCUUCGCCUGCGGGGUCUUACAGGCAAGGAAGUGGGUUCCCGGGAGAGUCAAGUACUGCUGCACAAGAGGAGGAAUUCUCGAGUCUGCAAUUACAAGGUGGAGAUACAACCCGGCACAUCUACCGAUAUGCAGAGAAAAGAGAGCGAGAGGAGCAAGAAGCUGGAAAGCUGCGGAGGAGCAUGAGCUACAGCGCACCAAAGACGAACAACAAAAAGGAUGACGAUGACGAUGAUAUAUCCUUCAUCCAAAAGCCAGGUGGUUUCAGAAGAGACCAUAUUCGGCGUCGGGAUGAAUCUGCUGCUCCAAGCGCCAGUGGUGGGCGGACGCAAUACGGUACUCUUCCUCGUGGCCGGAAUGCAGUGGAUCCUGAACCUCCGAGACGGCAAUUCGUGACAUCCAACUUCAUCGAAUUCUUGACGCUGUACGGACACUUCGCCGGAGAGGAACUGGAAGAAGACGACGAGGUGCUGGACGCUGAUGAAUACUUCUCCUCCGACUAUUUCGAAGAUGCCACAACAGAAGGCGACCGCGACGAAGACCGCGACGACUGGGGCGAGGACUCUGCUCUUCUGCCUGAAACUCCAGGCAAACGGCGAAGAAAGCGGAAGGUUCGUGAGAAGGGCAAAGGAACGCCAUUCGGUGCUGCCAUGCUGCUGCUCAAGUCCUUCGUAGGCACUGGAGUAUUGUUCCUGCCUCGAGCAUACUUGAACGGAGGCAUGACUUUCUCCAACGUGGUUCUUCUGGUCCUGGCAGCUCUAUCCUACUAUUGCUUCAUCCUGCUCGUCUCUAUCCGGCUCAAGAUCCACGCAUCGUUCGGAGACAUGGGCGGCAAGAUCUUUGGCGCCUACUUCCGGAACAUGAUCAACUUCUCCCUCGUCAUCAGCCAGAUUGGAUUCUCAUCAGCAUACAUUGUUUUUGUGGCGGAAAACCUCCGAGCAUUUGUCCUUGCCAUUACUCGUUGCAAGAAGGAUAUCGAUGUCGGAUUCAUGAUCCUCAUGCAAAUGAUCAUCUUCCUUCCAAUGUCCCUCUACCGCAAUAUCAACCACAUCCAGAAAAUGGCCCUCCUCGCGGACGCGUUCAUCCUUCUUGGCUUGUGUUACGUCUAUUACUACGACGUCCGCACCAUCGUCCACCAAGGCGGCGUCGGCCCCGGAAUUAAACAUUUCAACCCCGAAUACUGGACCCUCCUGAUCGGCACCGCAAUCUUCACCUUCGAAGGUGUCGGCCUUGUCAUCCCCAUUCAAAGCGGCAUGGCCGAACCCAAGAAAUUCCCCAAAGUCAUGGGAACCGUCAUGCUCAUCGUCACCGUCGUCUUCGUCUCCGCUGGCGCCCUUUCCUACACUGCCUAUGGCGAAAACACCAAAACUGUCAUCCUCCUCAAUAUGCCACAAGACAAUAAAAUGGUCAACGCUGUGCAGUUCCUGUACAGUCUUGCCAUUCUACUCAGCACGCCUUUGCAGAUUUAUCCUGCGAUCGAAAUCACGAGUCAGCAACUCUUCUCUAGGACUGGAAAGUAUAAUCCGUGGAUCAAAUGGAAGAAGAACAUUUUCCGGUUCUUCAUGGUCGCGCUUUGUGCUCUUAUUGCUUGGGCCGGAGCGGGCGAUUUGGAUAAAUUCGUCUCGCUUGUUGGGUCGUUUGCUUGUAUUCCGCUCGUGUAUAUUUAUCCUCCCCUCAUGCACUACCGCGUCGUUGCGACCAAGAACUGGCAACGCGUUGUGGAUAUUUUGCUCGUGAUCUUUGGUUUCGCUAUGAUGUCCUAUACGACUGCUUUGACGAUUGUGGCCUGGGCGAGUGGGCAGAAGGACUCUUCGCCGGGAUAUUGUGACCCGGUGAAUAAGGGGGAUGCAUUUAUGUUGCCGAGAUUCUGAUGAUAGUGGAUACUGUAAGUGAAUUUGAUCGUUGAGUUGGAUCUGUCGGAAUUGAAGGAGUGGUGGGGAUGGGACUAGUUUGGAUACAGAGGUGCUGAAUGUUCAACACGAAAGG